AUGGAUUCCGAUGAUGCAUACUAUAUGGAAUCUGGAGGAGAGGACAAUAUUUACAGCGACGAUUACAACGAGAGUGAUGAUGAUGAAACCUUGAUCGAUCAGGGGAUCGAACUCCAAGGGUACGUUGAGGAAUCCGUGGACAAAGCCACGAUGAUCUCCACGCAUGGCUCUCAGAUCAAUUACGUCGUUCUCAAGGAAGAAGAUAUUCGAAGGCAUCAAAAGGAUGAUAUCGGACGAGUAACCUCUGUCCUCUGCAUAAGCGAGGUCGAAGCUAGCGUUUUGCUUCUUCACUACCACUGGAGUGUUAGUAAAAUCAAUGAUGAAUGGUUUGCAGACGAGGAGAGAGUUCGGAAAACUGUUGGCAUAUUGGAGGAACCUGUUGUUGUUAAUGUUGUUCCAAAACCUCGUGGCAAAUUUAAACAACGACGUGUAACAUGUGGAAUAUGCUUUGAUUCUUUUCUUCCUAAAGAUUUUGCAUCCGUUGCUUGUGGUCAUCGUUUCUGCUCUACUUGCUGGACUCGUUAUAUCAGCAUAGCCAUCAAUAAUGGCCCAGGAUGCUUGUUGCUCAAGUGUCCUGCCUACCCGUCUUGUCCUGCUGCUGUUGGUCGUGAUAUGGUCGAGAAACUUGUUUCUGAUCAAGAAGACAAGGACAAGUAUGAUAGAUAUUUCCUUAGGUCUUAUGUCGAAGACAACAGGACGAUGAAGUGGUGUCCUGCUCCAGGAUGCGAGCUCGCAGUUGAUAUCUCUGCAGGGAGUGGUGAUAGUUACGAUGUUUCUUGCUUGUGUUUGCAUAGAUUUUGCUGGAACUGCACUGAAGAUGCUCACCGUCCUGUGGAUUGUGAGACAGUUUCACAAUGGAUACGUAAGAACAGUGCAGAAUCUGAAAACACGAACUGGAUACUUGCGAACUCGAAGGCUUGUCCCAAGUGUAAGCGUCCGAUUGAAAAGAAUCAUGGCUGCAUGCACAUGACAUGUACUCCACCUUGUAGACAUCAGUUUUGUUGGCUUUGUCUUGGUGCAUGGAAAGAUCACGGUGAAAGUUCUGGUGGGAAUUAUGCGUGCAACCGGUAUGCGGCGGGUAAGCUAAAAGGACUGUUUGAUGAGGCUGAGAGGAAGCGAGAGAUGGCUAAGAACUCGCUAGAGAGAUACACUCAUCAUUAUGAGCGAUGGGAAGGAAAUAGGAAGUCGAGGCAGAAAGCUAUGGAGGAUCUGCAGAAUUUGAAAUCUGAGAAGCUUAAGAAGCUUAGUGAGAUACAGGGCGAACCAGAAACUCAGCUCGUGUUCAUCACAGAUGCGUGGCUUCAGAUCAUCGAAUGCAGACGGGUAUUGCAAUGGACAUACGCAUAUGGGUACUAUCUACCUGAAUCUGAUCAUGAUAAGCGAGAGUUUUUCGAGUUUUUGCAAGGUAAGGCUGAGUCAUAUUUGGAGAUGCUCCACAACUAUGUAGAGAUGGAAUCGGAGGUGUUUUAUACUGCUCAAGGCCCAGAAGGCUUCAUGCAUUUCCGGUCAAGACUAGCCGAUUUGAUCAGAACAACGAAAACCUACUUUGGAAAUCUGGUGAAAGCUCUGGAGAAUGGUCUAGCAGCAGUAGAAUAA